CUCCAGCCAAACCAACCAAAACCCCUCGCGUCUCGCGACGCGUCUUCCCGGUAGAUCCACCUCCACCCCUCCAUAAAUAACCCCGGUCACCGUCUCCUCGCCCCUCAUCUCCAUCCCUGCACCCCGCAGUCGAGUUCGUCCUCCGUCUCCACAAGUUGAGUUCGUCCAUGGCAAGGUCAGCACCGGCGGCGGCAGCAGCGGCCUCUUCUCCGGCGCCGAAGCCACAGCCACAGCCACAGCCGCAUCCACAUCCGCAGCUGCGGGGCAGCCAGCUGAAGCAGCUGCGGGAGAUCUUCCAGCGGUUCGACAUGGACGGCGACGGCAGCCUGACGCAGCUAGAGCUAGCGGCGCUGCUGCGGUCGCUGGGCCUGCGCCCGACGGGGGAGGAGGCGCGGGCGCUGCUGGCCGCCAUGGACUCGGACGGCAACGGCUUGGUGGAGUUCGGCGAGCUGGCGGCCGCCAUCGCGCCGCUGCUCACCACGCAGACGCACCUCGUCGACCAGGCCCAGCUCCUGGAGGUGUUCCGCGCCUUCGACCGCGACGGCAACGGAUUCAUCUCCGCCGCCGAGCUGGCGCGCUCCAUGGCCCGACUUGGCCAGCCGCUCACCUUCGAGGAGCUCACGCGCAUGAUGCGCGACGCUGACGCCGAUGGCGAUGGCGUCAUCAGCUUCCAGGAGUUCGCCGCCGUCAUGGCCAAGUCCGCCCUCGACUUCCUCGGCGUCGCAUGACGCCCCAUGCCCCUGAUGAUGGAUUGAUCUCGCUCACCGGCUGCAGCAAUGAUUACUUGUUCUCUCUCUUUUUUGUUAGGAAGAUGCUCAUCAGGUCAGUCAGUGUAGGAUAACUGACACAGAUAAUGUAACUCAAAAACUCAUUGAUGGAAAAUGUGUACAUAUUUUCGUUGAAUUUGCUCAACCUUGCUGCUCAA